AUGUCUUCUAUCAAGUCCAAGCAAGGAGUUGACAACUCCAAACUCGAUGAUGAGGUUGGCGAAUUCCACGUCGAGCAAGCCUUCAAAGCAUCCGAGGUCAAGAUCGAGACAGGAGUCCUCUCUUCGGGAUACGAGUCACUCAGCUUGUGGGAAACCGUCAAGCUCUUCAAAGUUGCUACGGCCUAUUGCUUCACAGCUGCUUUCAGUGCUGCUACGGAUGGAUAUCAGAUCGGCAUCAACGGCAGUAUCAUUGCUAACAAGGGCUUCGUUCAUCAAUUUGCGACUGCGACCAACGCCGACGGAGUCGAAUACCUUACUUCUCCUAUUCUAGCUGGCUGGAGCUCCAUCAUGUCUGUCGGUCAGAUCAUCGGCAUGACGACGAUUCCCUUCCUGUCCGAUAGAUAUGGCCGUAAGACUGCAAUGUGGACCUAUUGGACUAUCCUUGUCAGCAGCGUCUUGUGCGAGUCUCUAGCUAGGCACUGGCCAGUUUGGCUCGUCGCUAAGCUCCUCGCGGGCAUCGGAGUCGGAUCUCUUCAGUCGACUCUGCCGGUCUAUAUCUCCGAGUGUGCCCCUACCCGUAUCCGCGGAGGUCUUCUCAUGUGCUACAGUCUCUGGUGGACCAUUGGAUCCUUUUUCGCCUACAUCGCCCUGCAGCUGCUGAACCGCAAGAACCCCAACAUCUGGCUGACACCAAUUUAUACCCAAUGGGCUCAAAUCGGUAUCAUGUGUGUCAUUUACGUCUUCCUCCCAGAGUCACCCGCUUGGUGCGUCAGUCGUGGCAACGAAGAUCGUGCUAAGAAGCAGCUGCUAAGACUCAACCGCGGCGUCGUCGACUAUGAUGAAGAGCAUCAGUAUCAGAUCCUCGUGCAGACUUUUGAACACGAGAGAGAGGUUGCAGCUCAGCAGAAGAAGGAGCAUUGGUAUGCCAUCUUUCGCGGAGUCGAUGGCCUUCGAACUGUCAUCUCGCUAUGGCCCAAUAUGACACAGCAAUUCAUUGGCCUUACCCUUUUUGCGACCUUUGGAACCUACUUCUUUCAACAAGCCGGUCUGGCUGAUCCUUUUACGAUCAAAUGCAUCACGUCUUCCAUCAACAUUACCACGCUGUUGAUCGUCGUUUUGGUAGCUGACAAGAUUGGACGACGCCGUAUCUCAUGCUACGCCACGACGCUUACAUGGACGUCUUGUGUAGUCAUUGGAAUCCUUGGUCUGAUCCCGACGACCACGGUGACUAAAAACAUCUUUGUUCUCUUUGUAUGCCUCUGGAAUGUUGGAAUGAUCUCCAACGGUGCUGCUGGUUGGGGCUUCAUAGCCGAGAUCUCUUCUCUACGUCUUCGACCCUACACAGCUGGCUUUGGCGCUGCGUGCACUUGUGUUGCUGGAGUCAUCAUGAAUGUGCUCACUCCAUAUAUGGUCAACGCCAAUAAGUGGAACUGGGGUUUCAAGACUGGCUGGUUCUACGCUGGUGUCGGACUGCCCUUCCUUGUGGGCACAUGGCUUCUACUUCCCGAUACAUCAGGACGAACUGCAGCUGAGGUCGAUGAGCUUUUCGAGAGGAAGAUUAAGCCUUGGAGAUUUAGCAAGACCUCAACCACAGCCUGA